AUGGACUGUCAGCAGGGGCAGGAUAGUCAUGCCACCCUUGGCCUUGCCCAGGCCCAUUUCCUGAAGGGCUAGUACGUUGAGGCUGAGAUGCUGUACUCCACUUACAUUUGCCAGUGCUCCUGUGCAGCCUCAGGAGGCACGACGCUGAGCAAAUGCAGCCCCGAGGAUGUGGCUACUGCAUAUAACAAUAGGGGGCAAGUCAAGCACUUCAGGGUUAAUUUUUAUAAAGCCAUGGAUGACUACACAUCUGCCACAGACAUCCAACCCACUUUUGAAGUCCCCUAUUACAACUGAUGGCUGAUACUAUACAGUCUGGGAUGUUUUGAUGAUGCAUUGGAAGACUUCAAGAAGGUAUUAGACUUAAGCCCUGAGCUUCAGGAUGCUACCUUGAGUUUAAGACAGACUAUUCUAGACAAAGAAGAAAAACAAAGAAGACAUUACUGAAGAAAAUGGAAACGUAAUUGAAAUAUCAAGUCAUAAUUGAA